AUGGAGGACGGUCGCGCGAAACAGAUACCCCUAUGGCUAGACUGCGACACAGGUACAGCACGCCAGGGCACGACGUACGGACAACCCCAACCCCAACCAUCUCCCUCAAACGCUAAGCCAUCCCCUCAGGACGCCUUCGCCAUCCUCCUCGCCGCCUACGAUCCCUGCCUCCACCUCCUCGGCAUCAGCACCGUCCACGGCAACGCCUCCCUCGCGCAGACGACCAAUAACACGCUGAGCGUCCUCGCGGCGAUCGGGAGGCCCGACGUGCCCGUCCAUCCUGGGGCCGCGAAGCCGUUCUGCAGGAACGCGGUCCACGCUGCUGAUAUACAUGGCGCAUCCGGUCUCGAUGGCACGACCCUGUUACCGAAGCCUGCGGCAGAGCCUGUUACGAAGCCGAAUGCUGUCUUGGCUAUGCGGCAUGCGUUGAUGGAACAGCCUGAAGGGACUGCGUGGCUGGUGGCUACAGGGACGUUGACGAAUGUGGCAUUAUUGUUUGCUACGUUUCCGGAGCUCGUGGAGCAUCUUAAGGGUUUGAGUGUUAUGGGUGGUGCUAUUGGUGGUGGUUUUACGGAUGCGCCUAUGGGACAUGUGAAGGGCGAAGGGGAGAGGUUUGGGAAUUGGACGAGGUGGGCGGAGUUUAACAUCUAUUGCGAUCCGGAAGCCGCUGAAUCGAUCUUCUCGAACCGUAAACUUGCCGCGAAGACGACGUUGAUACCGCUGGAUCUCACCCAUCAGGUCUUAGCGACAAGGGAAGUCCAGCAGACGUUGCUGACGGGAAGGCCCUUGACGACUCCAUCGGCAUCUGCCAUGAACCUCCGACAAAUGUUCCAUGACCUCCUCUUGUUUUUCGCCCAUACCUACAGCGAGGUCUAUGGCAUCACAGAAGGACCACCGCUGCAUGAUCCAAUCGCUGUAGCUGUACUUCUGGAACCUUUAAUGGGCCCGAUUAUGAGAUUCGCCGACAACGGAGGCGAGAGGUGGCACGUCAGAAUCGUAACUGAUGGAUUGCAUAGCCGGCACGACGAGGAGCGAGGGCAGGUGGGCAGAACGGUGGUCACUAAAUCUGACCAUGGUGGUGUGCGCAUACCCCGGAGUAUGCAAGUUGAAAGCUUCUGGAGGCAGAUAGGCCGCUGCCUCGAAGAAGCAGAGAGAGCAAUCUUGGAUUCGUAG